AUGGACCAGCACAUGCGGGUCGUACCAGUAGUCAAACUGGUAGCGUUGGGAUUCGGCAAUAUCCAAGCUGCAAAGGGUCGCUGCUUCCACAAAGAACGUGCCAUUCGUGUGGUAGGUCCGGACAAAUGGCAAGGAUUCGAUACCACUCUCGUGCGCAACAUUCAAGAGGCGCUCCGAGCAGCGGGGUGUCCAGAGGACGAGCUUGCUGAGACGUUGGAUCCGAACAGGCAGUAUGGCAAGAGUUCGCUUUUGAAGGAGCUCGAUCUGAACUUUCCUUGGCCUGAGGAGGAAGAGGGACACGAGCUGCUGGGCUUGGAAGAGCUCACUCUCAGCUCUAGUCUGCCUCAGCAAGAUGAGCGUGAACAGUAA